AUGUCCUCUUCCUCCUCCUCCUGGCAAGACCGCCGCUUCAUGUUCCCCGCCGGCCGCGAGGUGCACCAGGGCAGCCGGCGCUACAGCGGCAGCAAGGAAUCCGCCGACCCAGCAAGCCUUGCAACCUCACCCAGCACCAUGACCACACCCACGACCACCGCUCCUCCCCCUACUCCGGCAGACACCGAGGCCCCUACCAUGAUCGGCAAGAUUCUGCCCUCGUGGGACGGAGACCGACGCUUCAUGGGCACCACGCCCAAGGAGAUCCACCAGGGCCCUGCUCGACGAGGCUCCCAGUCCAGCGAGAAGAGUGCAGGCGCUGCAGGUGCUAGUGGUGGUCCUAUCAAGAGCUCGGCAUCGCCGCCUACCUCGCCUGGUGGUGGGAUCGCUGCGGCCAUCGCGGGAAGAAGACGCUCCUCGGCCUCGAACCAAGGUGUCUUCAGUGGUCUGAUGUCCAACCGCAGCAGUAAGGAAAACUACGAUCAACGCCGACAGAGCUGGGAAGAUAUGAAGUCGCCCGGUGGCUUUGGCGGGCUUUUCAGUGGCUUGGUGAACAAGCCUGCAGAGAAGAAGUGA